CUCCGUCCAUCAUCACAUUUUUCUCCCUAUAAUUAUUGACGGAAAAGUUCAGUUGUUCUUACACCUUGUGUGAUUUGAUUUGAAGAAAGGUUUUGUAAAUCUGUUGCAAUGGAAGAGUUGAACAAUAAGAAGAGAUUGCGAGAGGAAUCGGAGGAGUUUGAAUCAGAAAUCGACUUUCCAGAGGUCAAGAGACUGACGGAGGAUCUGCUGGGAAGUUUGGACGACGAGACGGAUUUUUGUCCGACGAGUCAAGAUCUGGACUCGUUUAUGAAGAGCUUUGAGAAAGAGAUAAAAUCUUCAUCGGAGGUGGAGGAAGUCGUGGAUCUGACGUCAGAUUCUGGCGAGUCUCAGCCCGAGCUUGGCUACUUGUUUGAAGCUUCUGACUACGAGCUUGGGCUUCCACCAUCGUCUGAAUCUCCGAAUGAGGUUGAGAAUGAGCAAAGGAACGAGUUAGUCCGAGUCGAGUCUGACUCGUCCGAACUCAGUAGCGAGUUCUCUUGGCUCGAUGGUGAAAUACCGAGUUUUGACUCGUUCGAGUUUGGAUUUGUUGAUACGGAGAACUAUAACGGCAACAACAGCGACUAUGUAGCCAUGGACGGGUUGUUCGAUUAUUCGGAUAUGGGUUUCGGGUCAAAUGAUUUUGCAUGUAGACCCGAAACAUCAUUACCAGCACAGUUCUAGGCAAAGAAUAUUGUAAAGGUUUUACAUUUUUAUUUUUAUUUUUUAUUUUUUAUUUUUUUACUUUUCAAGGCGAAGCAGAAUUAUUAUAGGUUUUGAGAUUAUCUA